UGUUUUUCUCAUCCUUCCCUAUUUAUUUUUCUUCUGUCGUUAUCCUGUCUGUUUGAUAUUGUUAGCUGCUUAAUUAGCUUUUUUUUAAUUUAAUUUAAUUUAAUUUAAUUUUAAUAAAACUGUUUUGCGUUUUGCACUUUUUUUUUGCAUUGGCUCCUCCUUCUGUAUAUAGUUUCAUCCCAUCGAGAUCACAGGGGGUCCGUGUGAGGAGGAGCAAAUUAUGCAUGUAAAUAUUGAUUAAUGCAUUCCUACAAUAUUUCUCUCAUUGAUUCUUUUGCUAAUUUUUAAUUAAGCAACCGAACCAAUUCGAUUAAGCUUUCGAAGCAUAGAGAGAGAGAUUUGGAAAUCAUGUUGCAGCAUAUGACCCAGCAGCAGCAGCAACAGCAGGCGCAGGAUGAAAUUUCUAGCCAGAUUAGCGCUCAAAUAUUUGAAUUUUGCGACCCGGAACUAUUCCAAGAGACCCUACAGAAUUCCGAGGUCACCACUUCUCCAAAUUGCUGCUACGAAGAAAAUUCAUCCUUUGCAACAAACCUUUCACUACCCCCAGAUAUAGAAACCACGUUCUGUAUCUACCCAGACAACAAUGGUAAUACUGACGCAAACAUUUCCCAAACCCCCACAACUAAUAGCACCAACACCACCACCACUGCUGCCAGCGUUCAUACCACCGCAACCACCACCACUAAUGCCACCAACAACAAUAGUGGCAACCUUUCCAUAAUCUUUGAUUCCCAAGAGGAAAUUGACAAUGAUAUAUCAGCUUCCAUUGAUUUUUCUCCAUCCCCACCCUUUUCGGUACCUUCGUUUCUCAUAAACCCGCAAGAUCAAUUUGAUUUCUCUCAAAUUCCAUUAGCAGAUCCUGUUGUUGAGGGAUUUUCACAGUACCCUGCCGAACCUGUACCAACUCUUAUGACAGCUCCAAUAGCAUCGGUUUUUGAAGAGGAUUGCUUGUCUUCAGUGCCUUCUUAUGUUCCUUUGAACCCUUCUUCUCCUCCCUGUUCAUUUCUCGGUCCUCCUAUGGGACCCUACAUGCCUACUGGGCCUAUAAAUCCUGCUGCAUUAUCAGCUGACGGUACUGGAAUUUUCACCAGCAGCAUUCUUAUGGCUUCUGAACUGCAACAGAAAGACUUGGAAUAUCAGGGAGACAGUGGCGGAAUUUUCUGUCCAGAUUCAUUAUCGAGGGUUUUUAACCCCGAAGAGCUUCAGGCACUUAGUGCUGAGAGUCAGCAACUGGUGAGUGGGGGUGGGAACUCUACUUCUUUACCAACUGAGAUUCCAAUAGCCGAAGACCCAAAUUUUAAAGUAGGCAAGCUCUCUGUUGAAGAGAGGAAAGAAAAGAUCCACAGGUACAUGAAGAAAAGGAAUGAGAGGAACUUCACCAAGAAAAUCAAGUAUGCCUGCCGCAAAACACUUGCUGACAGCAGACCUCGAGUCCGAGGAAGAUUUGCAAAGAACGAUGACUUUGGAGAGACCCACAGAUCUGCUGGAAGCAAUCAUGAAGAUGAUGAAGAUGAUGAAGUAGCUGUGAAAGAGGAAGAGGAUUUGGCUGAUUCUUCGGAUAUCUUUGCUCAUAUCAGUGGAGUGAACUCUUUCAAAUGCAGCUACCCAAUCCAGUCCUGGAUUUGAGUAGUAUAAUAGUGCUAGAUUAAUAACCUACCAAUUUUGCAGGACCCUGUUUCCACCAGUGAUGGUUUAAUAAAAAAUAUGAAUAAUUGGGUCAUUAUUUAUUAUUCAUGUAAAUAAUUGAGUCAGGAGGAAAGUAUAGAGAAAGUGCUUAACAAUGUAAAGUCUUUUGAUACUAUUUCUUGUACAAACUUCAAACCUUGUAAGGUGUACAUUUCAUGUCAUCUUACUUGAAUACUAGUGGAACCAUUGUAUCUA